AAAAUAAGAAGAGGCCUAGAUGAUAUUUUCUUUCAUGCAAAUACAAUCUCAUUAUAACUUCCACCAAAAGAUAAAAAGAAAAGAAAAAAAAUCAAAGAAGAGAGAGAAAGAAGGAUCUAGAGAGAGAAACUAUGGGUAGAGGAGAUUGUCAUCAUCCAUUACUGAAAGGUGGAAGAAGAGAAACCAAAUACAGCCAUGGCUUUUCUUCAUCACAGAUACAAACACUCACAAGUAUUUGUGAAGUUUUAUUGCCUCCAACACCAUUAAAUAAUCCUCAUGAAAACAUUAACCCCCAAAACGACGUCGUACAGGCCUUCUAUAAAGCUUCUGCUUCUCAAUAUCCAGUCCCUGAUGAGGUGGCUGAGCUGGUAAUGAAAAGGGCUUUUUUUGAAGCAAAAAUAUUGGUAAUAGCAAUUGUGAGGAUCCUGUCAACAAGGGUGGGGACACUGUUAAUAUGUGGGAGUUCUGGCGUUAGCAAAAAGUGGCCUUUCUUGAAGAAAUUCUCUGAAAUUCCACUGGAAAAUAGAGAAAAAGUUGUGCAGAAAUGGUUCACGAAUUGGCUGCUGACACCUGUCAGGCUUGCGUUUGUGUUCCUCAAAUUCUUGGUUCUUUUGGUGUUCUUCACACAGGUAGGAGAAGAUUCAAGCAAUCCAGCAUGGAAAGCCAUGGACUACAAAGUCGACGUCAUCGGAGAGAACUCGCCGGAAGAGAUGAGUAAAGAGAGACCUCUUGACAAAGGAAUAAUCGAAACCAGACUCGAAACCGAUUCUUCACUCGCCGCCGCCCUCGCCGGAAAAGGCCUGAAACCCACACUAAACCCCGCGUCCAGAGACACCUACACGGUCAAAUGCGACGCCGUCAUCGUCGGCUCCGGCUGCGGCGGCGGAGUCGCCGCCGCAGUUCUCGCCGCCGCCGGCCUGAAAGUCGUCGUACUCGAGAAGGGAGACUACUUCACCGCCGGCGACUACUCCUCCCUCGAAGGCCCGUCGCUGGACCGCCUCUACGAAUCCGGCGGAAUCCUCUCCACCCUCGACGGCAAAACCAUGCUCCUCGCCGGAUCCACCGUCGGCGGCGGCUCCGCCGUCAACUGGUCCGCCUGCUUCAAAACCCCCGACCACAUCAUCAACGACUGGGCCCACGGCCAAAACCUCCCACUCUUCUCCGGCCCGGAAUACCUCGACGCCAUGGAUAAAGUCUGCGACAGAAUCGGCGUCACCGUCGGGUGCACGAAAGAAGGUUUCCAAAAUCAAAUCCUCCGACAAGGCUGCGAAAACCUCGGACUGAAAGCGGACCCGGUCCCACGAAACUCCUCCGAAAGCCACUACUGCGGCUCCUGCUGCUACGGCUGCAUCAGGGGCGACAAGAAAGGUACCGACACCACCUGGCUGGUCGAUGCAGUCAACUCUGAUGCAGUUAUCAUAUCAGGAGCUAAGGCCGUACGGUUCGUUAUUAACCAAAACAACAAAAACCAAAGAAAGAAGAAAAAAUGCCACGGUGUCAUAGCGAAAUUCACAAAUCAAGACAUAAAAAUCACCCUCCGAAUCGAGGCCAGAGUAACAAUAUCUGCAUGCGGUGCACUUCUGACACCGCCGUUGUUGAUCAAUAGCGGACUCAAGAAUCGGAAUAUCGGCCGGAAUCUUCACCUCCACCCUGUUUUAAUGGCGUGGGGGUAUUUUCCGGAGCCCGAUAUUGUCGAGGGGAAAGCUUAUGAAGGUGGCAUAAUAACCUCAGUGCAUAAAGUGGUGGAACAAGAUAAAGUGAGAGCUAUUAUAGAGUCGCCGAUUCUUGGACCGGGUUCUUUUGCCGCUUUAUUACCGUUUGAAUCUGGAAUCGAAUUAAAGAAUCGAAUCAUCAAAUAUUCAAGAACUUGCCAUCUCUUUUCGAUGAUCAAAGACAACGGGAGCGGUUCGGUUUUGUCCGAAGGAAGAAUCGACUACAAGCUCGAUUCUUCGGAUAAAGAAAACAUGAAAAUAGGGUUGGUUCGUGCGUUGAGGAUACUUAUAGCCGCGGGGGCGGUCGAAGUCGGGACCCACCAGAGCGACGGGCAGAGGGUGAAAUGUGAGGGGGGCGACGACGAGGGGGUGGAGGAGUUUCUGAAGGGGGUGGUGGCCCCCGAGGGGCCGAAAUCGAUGGUGGAGAAGUGGUCGACGUAUUGCUCGGCGCAUCAGAUGGGGAGCUGCAGAAUGGGGGUUGACGAGAGGUGCGGGGCGGUGGAUACGUGGGGGGAGAGUUGGGAGGCGGAGGGUCUGUUUGUUUGCGACGCUAGUGUUUUGCCGGGGGCGGUCGGGGUGAAUCCGAUGAUCACCAUUCAGGCGACUGCUUAUUGUAUUUCGAAGAAGAUUGCUGAGAAGUUGAAGUGAUGAUGAUUAAGAAUUUAUAUAUUGUUUAAUUUAAUUUAAAAUGAUUGAGAGAUUA